CGGCGUAUGACGGCCACGAGUGCGUUUGUUCGAACGCGCUGCGACUGCGGCAAGGAUGUGUGUGCUCAGCAAACCGAUCGCCGAUCACUGGCGCGGCUGACGCGGCUGGCGUAAUUGGAGCGUAACUAGUGCGAAGAUUUUUUGGUUAAGAAGCAUUCCUCACUAGAUUCAGUUGAUCGAGAAUAGCGAAAGAGAAAAGUACCGAAUCGCGUGAAGACUUGAAUGGUGGAAUCUCGCGGAUAUCUAACAUUACAAAGUGAAAGAAAAUAUAUUUUAUAUUCAAAAAAGUGCUCACAAAAGAAUUUUAAAGAGAUUAAAAAUACAUAACACACACGUACAAACAUAGCUCAGCGGAUUUGUGUAAAAUUAUAAAUUGACGCAUGAGCUGAAAGUGAAAAAUUAAAAAUUAUUCUUAGUUUUCGUUGAAUUUCCACCCACAUUUGUGUAGUGCCAAAAAAAGCCAACUCGUAUAAAUGAAAAUAAAAUGAUCAAAAGCGAAGAAAUUAUGGAUUCCAAUGGACAUUCGAGCGGCCACAAUGGCCUCCACCACAGCACACAUUUACCUCAUCACAACAGCAUAUACCGCACUUUGCCAUCGAAUAUCAUAUCGACGACGAACUUCACGCCCCUAACGUAUGCCGAUCAAAGCGCUAUGCUGCGUAUGCCACAGGAGUCACCCGAACUGCAGGAGGAGAAACCCGAUCUCAAUUAUCUCGAUCGCAAAUACUACGCGACCAUGAUGACACAGCAACAGCCGGUGCACGUUUCGGAGGCUGCGUCCUAUGGUCUUACAUCAUUGCACACGAUGUGUGCCUCGCCGCAUCCGAACAAUGAGAAUGACAUUGGCAUGCUGAUGCCAUUAUCACCCAAUUCAUCACCGCACAAUGAGGGUGGUCUUAAAGUGCCGUCGGAUGGUGAGCUGCAGCAAUACGCCGCCUCGCAGCAACGCGUCAUCGCCUCGAAAAUGGUGGACAUGAACUCACAUUAUACACCGACCAUCAAGUAUUGUUCGAGCAAUACAAUUUUCAAUACAUCCGAAUAUUUGCCGCACAAUGAAAGCGAGCAGCCACAGCCGCCACCGCCGUCCGCCGUACCUGUGUCUGCUGCGGUCAGCUCAAGUGAUAUUUUGACGCAAUCUCUACAACGUAUGCCAAAUGUCGUCGGUGGUAUGACAACGGUGGCAAGUGCGUCGACGACGCCGUCAGGUGUUAUAACCAGUUCGCAUAGCGUUUCCGGUCAGUUAUGUUCCACAACCGACACAAUGUCCUAUUCGAAUAGUUCCUCACCGGCUAAGUCGGUGCAUAGCGGUCAAAGUGAGACUGGUCAACAGCAACAACAACAACAGCAGUCACAACAACAACAACAAUCGAAUUCGUCAUCUUCACAGGAGCUCACACCGCCAGAUACGACGAAAAAAUCAGGCGCUCGGCGACCUGAGAAACCCGCAUUAAGUUAUAUAAACAUGAUUGCGAUGGCCAUUAAGGAAUCGCCAACGGGAAAGUUAACGCUUAGUGAAAUUUACAGCUUCCUUCAGAAAAGAUUCGAAUUCUUUCGCGGUCCAUAUGUGGGUUGGAAAAACUCAGUGAGACAUAAUCUUAGCCUAAAUGAAUGCUUCAAAAAGUUGCCGAAGAGCAUGAGUGUGGGCAAGCCGGGAAAAGGAAAUUACUGGACCAUCGAACAGAACUCCGCUUAUAUGUUUGAGGAUGAGGCCAGUUUGCGUAGGCGACCACGGGGUUAUCGAUCGAAGCUGAAAGUGAAACCUUACCCGAGCACAAACGGGUUUUACACAACUUCCUCCUAUGAUCCUAGCAUGGAUAAUGCCAAUUUCUACGCCACACAACCGUAUGCCUCCUAUGAUUACGCUACCAGCAGCGCUGCCGCUGCAGCGCCAUUCACAGAUUCCUGGAAUUCACACGCUGCCCAUACACAGACCCUGCCACAGUAUUCAAAUAUAGCUGCCGCCUCAUCGGUGCUGCAUGGCGGCAACAACAACAGCGCUACACCGCCACUGGCGCACACGCUGACCCCCUCGGCGUUGGUGAGCGGUUCGGGCAGUCCCUCGCAUGUUACUUCGGCGGCGCUUCAAAGCUCGAAUCCGGGUUUGGAUUACGCGACAGCUACCAUGGUGGCCGCCAAUUAUCCAUACGCCAGUACUGCUGGCGGUGGUGGCAGCGUAGGAGGUGGCGCAGGCGCCACUUACAGCCUUGAUAACGGCUUGCGCUCAAUGUCUCUUUCACAUAUGCACCAACAUCAACAACAGCAACAUCACCAUUCAGCGAUGACACCACCACCACCAUUACCGCCCAGCUCCACGUCCAUGAGUAAUUCAGCGCUUAUUGAUCGGAAGCCCAUCUUCCUACCUUCGAUGACGCCACCCACGUCCGGUCCCAUGUCCACACCGCCGCUCCAUCACCAGCAUUUGGUUGGGAGCAACAACGGCGGUGGCGGCGGUUAUUAUGAACACAUAAAGUUCUCCAACUAAUAGUUCCGUUAUAAAAAUUAAUUAAUGUAUUUUUAUAUUAGUGUUAGAGUAGCGCUUUUGGCCGCUCCAACGACCAAGCACCAAAUAGUCCCUGAAAGGGUAAACUAAUGUUUAAUUGAAAAUUUAAUUACUUUUAUUUUGUUUUAUUUGUUUGUGAGAAGAGUUUAAUUUGCUAAUUUUAAAAAUUUAAGUAUUAGGUUUGUCUAUAGUUUUAAAUAAAGUAUAAGGGAUUGAAAUCGGUUGUUUAAUAUUU